GAUUGUUUUUCUAGCUAAACAUCACCGAGGCGUCCGUCUUCUCCGCUUCCUCCUGACUCUGCUGCCUUUCGCUGAGCUACAUCGGCCGAGCCAAGCGCAUACCGUAACUACAUGCCAGAUGAUGCACUGAGGGUGGUUUUUGAUAAAGGCCACCCGCUAUGCAGUGCUGGUGCUCGGUGCGCGGCUUGUAGGCGUCCGUUUGUCAGGACAGACUGAGUGUAGCUAUCAGGAAGCUGAAGAAAAGAGAAGUGUGAGAGCAGACAGACAGACAGGAGGCCACGGUUCCCCCUCACACACAUACAUACAUCACCACGGCCUUGAUGGUGAUGUAUGCAAGGAAACCAACAAGAGUCAGCGAUGGGUGCAACGACAGAAGGGAUUCACAAUCCUAUCAGACCCAUAAAUCUCAGCCAAAGAGCCAGUCCAGCAGCCUUCACCGUUACGAAAAGGUGCGCGAUGGCUCAUCAGACCCCACACCCCCUUACAAGAUGCUGCGGCGCUCAGACGAAAGUCCUGUCAGUAGACACGGAGACGGCGCGGGACAUACCAAGGCAAAAACCUCUCACACUGUUAGAGGGAAAAAUGGGACCAGCGGCUCUCCUCAGGAGAACUCUCACAAUAACAGCUCCCACCAUGGCUCCGACUCGCAUGCGACUCAGAGCAAGCCUGCAGACAGGCACCAGGACCCAGCAGAUGACUGGACAGAACACAUCAGCUCGUCUGGGAAGAAGUACUACUAUAACUGUAGAACUGAGGUCUCCCAAUGGGAGAAGCCCAAGGACCUGUUGGAGAGGGAACAACGACAGAAAGACUCAGUCAAGAUGGCGGCAAACAGUUUCCCCAGGGACAUGGACUACAGACAAGAGGCCUUGCAGGACAAAGCCACAACGAAGACCACAUCAGGGGACCAGUCCACAGCAUCCAACUCCGGCCAUUCCUCCUCUUCCUCUUCUUCUCAGAGCUUGAGCUCUGCUCCUGGUGCUUUAGGUUCCACUCCCUCCACCAUGUCCUCCUCCUCUUCCUCCUCCUCGGGGCAGGUGCCCCAGUCUGUUCAGUCCCCGUCACCAGCGCUGCUGCAGGACCCGGCUCUCCUGCACCAGCUCCUCCCGGCGCUACAGGCUACCCUGCAGAUGAACAACGGCAGCAUGGACAUGGCUAAGCUCAACGAGGUCUUGGCAGCUGCUGUCACCCAAGCUUCCUUGCGGUCUGUGCUUCAUAAGCUCCUCACUGCUGGACCCGCUUUCAACGUCACUGCUCUGCUCUCAGCUGCUCAGCACUCCAACCAAGCCCAGCACUCUAGUCAGUCGCCCGUCUCCCUGACGUCGGAUGCAUCAUCACCGCGGCCGUACGUCUCACCACGCAACGGCACACCACAGAGCAACCAGAAAUCCAUUCUGGGCGUGCACUCUGGCAGCAUCACAUCCUCACAAACAAGGGGCAGUAUGUCUUCAGGUAAACAAGGAUCAGUCCCCCUGUCUCAGACCGCAGAGAAGCGUCCAGAGGACCCCAGAACUCUCCAGCAGAGAAGCCAGGAGAUUCUGUGCGCGGGAUCAAACGUACCUGGUGCUGCGUUGCCCCACGUCUCCUCCAGCAGUAACAGCCAAACCCAGGCCGACACCCCUGGCUCCUUCACCCCCACCCUGGCAGCUCAUUUUGAUGAGAACCUCAUCAGACAUAUCCAAGGAUGGCCUUCAGAGAACACUGAGAAACAGGCGGCUCGGUUGCGUGAGGACAUCCACAACAUGGGCAGCUUGUACAUGUCUGAGAUCUGCACAGAGAUGAAAAACCUUCGCUCCCUGGUCAGAGUGUGUGAAAUUCAAGCCACGCUGAGGGAACAGAGAAUCCUGUUUCUGAGGCAGCAGAGCAAAGAGCUGGACAAGCUGAAGAACCAGAACUCCUACAUGGUGUGAGGAGCUGACCAGAGAAGAAAGGACCAGGAUGGAUGGAUUAAAACAAUUGCGGAAGAGGAAUAGACAUGGACAGCAAGCCUGCCACGGCCUGUUUAUUCUCCCUACUAGAGCAACAGAGAAAAACUGUUAGAAGACAAAUAAGACAGAAGCUGACAAGGUGAAGCUCCAUCAUCCUGAACAUCCUGUCUUUUUUUUUUUUUUCUUUUCCUUUAAAAAAAAAAUAAAAAAUAGUUUUUCCAGUGUCCACCACAUGAAUUGCUCUUGCUGAAAGGUGAAACUGUCAGUUCACCGACUCGGACACUUUAACACAGUGGACAUAGAGGACCUGAGGCUCUUUUUUUCAAACAGCACCUUUUCGGACUGUGAACCUUGGAUUGUGUGUAUUGUAUUGGGUUAACUUGUUUUCUGGUGUGCUUUUUGA